AUGCCAUACACCGCCACAGAGAAAGAGAUGGAGGCGCCAAAAACUCGCUUGAUUGUGAAGAAUGUGCCCAAGCACGUUGACGAAAAACGCCUGUGGCAGCACUUUGCCGAGAGGGGGGAGGUUUCCGAUGCAAAGAUCGUGCGCACCAAAGACGGAAAGUCGCGGCAAUUCGCCUUCGUGGGAUUCACGACUGAAAGCGACGCGGAAGAGGCUCUGAAGUACUACAACCAGACCUUCCUGGAUACCAGCCGAAUACAGGUCGAACGCGCCCAGCCCAAAGGAAACGCCGGCAUCGCGCGGCCUUGGAGCAAGCAUUCCGAGGGUAGCUCCCGUGCACAAAAGCUGGCAGAGGCAAAGGCCAGGAAAGAAGUCAAGGCCAAGGAUAAGAAGCGAAAAACAGACGAGUCUUCCAGUGCCAAGGCAGCUGCGGCAUCGGCACGUGGGAAGGUGGAGAAGGAGGAGUUCAUGGCGGCGCUGAAAAAGCGGAGCGAGGCCAGGUUCUGGGACAACGACGAUGCUUUGCUGGAUCAAGCGCAAGCUGCAGCAGGCGGCAACAUCGAGGAUCGCGAAGGUACAAAUAGUGACGCCACCAGCUCGGACGACGAUCAAGCGAGUGAAGACAACCAGGAACUCGCGGAUGGAGCUGACAGUGACGCGGAGUCAACAGAAGAGGGAACAUUGGGAAGCACGAGCAGCAGUAAGGAGAAGCGACAAGCCGGCGGCGGGUCGGACAUGGACUGGCUCCGCUCCAAGGUGGGCAAGGGAGGAGCAGGAAGGGGGAAAGCAAAGGGCGACGAAGCUAGUGCAAGCGAGAGCGAAAGCGAAGAAGACGAGCAGGGCGGUGGAGCCGGAACAGGAGGAACGGGGUCAAAGGGAAGUGCUUCCGGGCGUGGGGAAAGCGAAAAUCCCAAGAGGAAUGCUCAGACGGCCGAUGGCGGCCACUCCGACAACGAAGGCGACGAGGAGGAGGAGGAGGAGGAGAGUGGGCUGUCCGUGGGAAGGCUGUUUGUGCGCAACCUGCCGUACACGUGUACCGAAGAUGACCUCAGAGACUUGUUUGGGAGCUUCGGGAUGCUGUCGGAAGUUCACCUCCCUGUGGAUGACGUCAAGAAGGGCAAAGGGUUUGCUUUCGUUCAGUUCGUUAUCCCGGAAGAUGCUGGGAAGGCCUUGGAGCAGCUAGACAGGCACGCCUUCCACGGGAGAUUGCUGCACAUCAUACCAGCCAGGAGGCAGCCCGGCUCAUCGGGGGCGGAGGCGUCCGGCACGGCUGGAAGUGCCGCUACCGCGGGGAAGAGCUAUAAGGAGAAAAAGGAGAUGGAUCGCCGGGCGCGAGCGGGCGACACGGUGGGGUGGAACGCUUCCUUCGUGCGAUCGGACACCGUGGUGGAUGCUCUCGCAGACCGUUUGGGGGUCGGCAAGAGCGACAUUCUGGAUCGAGAGGAGGGCGACAUGGCCGUCAGGUUGGCUCUGGGAGAGACUCUCCUGGUCAAGGAGAACAAGGAGUACUUCGAGAAGGAAGGGGUGGAUCUCUCGGUCCUGGAGAGUACCAAGGGCAAGGGGAGCGGAAAGGGGGCCGAGGAGCGUAGCAGCACGGUCAUUUUGGUCAAGAACUUGCCGUACAGCGCAGAAGCGGCGGAGCUGGCCAAGCGGUUCGGGGCGUUUGGAGACGUGGGACGAGUCCUCCUCCCACCGUCCAAGACCGUGGCGCUCGUUGAAUUCCUUGCAGCAUCCGACGCGAAAAAAGCUUUCAAACGAUUGGCCUGCGCCAGGUUCCAACACGUGCUCCUGUACCUCGAGUGGGCACCCUUGAAGGCCUUCAAGGAUACGUUUGAGCCUUCGUCGAAGCCGGCAUCACUGCCGGCAUCAGAGAAGGCUGCGACUGGAGAGGAGGCAAAGGUCGACGAGGAUGAGGUUGCCGCGGGGCGUGCGUCGAAAGAGCCUUUGACGAUGUUCGUGAAGAACCUGUCCUUCUCCACCACCGAGGCGGGCCUGAGAACCUGCUUCGAGAAGGCCGGCUUGCAAGUGCGCUCGGUCUCGAUUCCGAGAAAAAAGGGGCCGGGGGCAAGCGAAGCCACUCUCAGCAUGGGCUUCGGGUUCGUGGAGUGCGCCGACGCGAGUCUGGUCGACAAGUCUCUCAAGACUCUUCAAGGCACGGUCCUCGACGGGCAUGCCCUGGAGCUGAAGCGAUCCACCAAGAGACUAACACCAGCAACGAAGGCAUCGUCUUCUUCUUCUUCUUCUUCACAGGGGGACAGCCUCAAGCGAACCAAGAUCAUUAUCCGAAACAUCCCGUUUCAGGCAACUGCGAAGGAGAUUCGCGAACUAUGCUCAAGCUUUGGUCAGCUGAAACGCGUGCGAUUACCGAAGAAGUUCGACGGCGGCCACCGAGGAUUCGCGUUCGUUGACUUCUUGACUGCACAGGAGGCCAUGGGCGCCAAAAAGUCGCUGGAGUCUACGCACUUCUACGGCCGUCAUCUUGUAGGGGAGUGGGCGGAAGAUGGGGAAGACAUGGACACUCUGAGGGCGAAGGCUGCGAGAGAUUUGCGCGGUCCAUCGAACGGAGGCCGACCAGCAAAACGGCAAAAGGCGGCGAGCAGCGGCGACGACUUCGCGGACAUGGACGGUUAAUUUCUGUUUACUGGUGUGACUGCGGGUGUUUUUUUGUGAUGUUUGAGGGUGGGUGGUGUGGAUGUUGUAGGUGCGUCGGGCGUGAACGGGGGGAGGUCCUACUCUGUUGUUGUUCAAGGAGGGAUCACUUCGUUCUCUACUCUUGGUGCUUUACUUAAUCAGUUUAUGACUUGCAGUAUGCCAACCUGUCCAUGGCGUUCUUCACGUGCGAUGUUAAAAGGAACAUUGUAUACUUGUACGGAGUCGGUGUCUCGAGCCCAGGUGGUACAUUGUACUUGGGUUGUGACAGAGGGAAUGCCCUCUGGGAUAUCAACCCCCGUGGCCCCCCAUUUACUAGUUCUGACAAGAACAGAGGUGCCCCCCCUAGGCGCAAUCACACCACAGAGUACACAGUUUGCCCUAAACGACAGGUAUGCAAAGAAUGUUGCCUUUCGUGUCCUAUAAUACGAUAUGCAUAUAUAUCCACGUUGCGUUUUUCUGUCCCUAUGCAAAGCCGUGAGAUAUGUUACAUGUUAUGCGUGUCUUUCUCGAAGGGGUUGAGAACGAUGCGUACGGCGCCCGUAGAUAUCGUCGGAUUUUAGUGAAAGACGUUGAGAACACCAGUCAGUUCGGAAAGCGACAAGCUAGACAUUG